UGGAGGAGGUUAAAGAGGAGAUGGUGAACAUCGUUAAGAAGAAGGUAGUGAAGAGGGUGAUAGAGAGCGUGUCUCAGGUGGGGAUAAAGAGUGAGGUGAGGGAGGUAGAGCCCGUGGUGAAGAUGGACACACGUUUCUUCGGAGAGCUGCUGGCAGAGGUUUACAGGAAGAACUGUGACAUCCACACCUGCAUCUCAGAACACGUGGCCAAGAUACGUGGAAGGAAACACCUCUUAGAUCCCAGUAAUGACUACAAGGUAGAGAGAGAGGACAUUGAGGCCCUGAUCCCCAAAGGAGCAUCUGAGCUGACCAAACAGCAGCUCCGCUACCUACUGCAGACCCGUAUGACAGCAGACAAGACAAUGCGUCUCCUUCUGACUACCUUCAGCAGUCUGAGGGAGGAGCUGAUCCACAUGUCAGAAGAUCUGAGGCGUCUGGAGAGUGAGAAGGAGUCCCUGGAGAGAGACCUGAGCUUCAAGGCUGACCAGGCUGAGCAGUAUGACCGCCUCCUAGAAGCCAUACGAGAGAACAACAGACAGCUACAGAUAUCUCUGAAGGAGACCAGCUCCAGCCAGCGGACCCUGGAGACUCAGCUCCUGAGCAGCCGCACUACAGACUCAAACAGGGACUUCCGCAUCAAAGAACUGGAGGGCAGCUACCGAGCCCUGGAGAAGGAAAAUGAGAUGCUCAAACAGAAGUUGGCUGGACAGUGCAGCAGUAGCACCAUUCAGAUGAAUACAGAGGAGCUGUCGCGUCAGUACUCAGAGCAGCUAGCUGCCCUGCGCCAGGAGAAGGACAAGGAACUGCAGAGCCUCAGGACCCAGCUGACGCGGAUCACCACAGAGUAUACCACGGAGAGGUCAGGUGACAAGAGCCUGCAUCUCCGCAUCACACAGCUGCUGACAACACUGGAGCAGCGGGAGGUCGUCAUCAAACGUCAGGAAGAGGAGAUCUGGCAGUUGCAGCAGGAGAAGAAGAGAGACAGCUCCAAGAACGUCACCACGACCACUAUCACCAAAAGGUACAGGAACCAGUACCCCCUCCUGGGCCUGCUAACUGAUGACUACAAUUCCACAUCGCCCGUCAAGGAUACCAAGACCAUCGUAAUCGAGAGCCGGACGGGGGAGAUGAUCAAACAGGAAAUCAUUACAACCCCUUAAAGACACUGCUUCUCUCGGACAAAUUACAACCCCUUAAAGACACUGCUUCUCUCGGACAAAUUACAACCCCUUAAAGACACUGCUUCUCUCUGCUCUGCACAGGAAUGAAUGACAAGAAGACCUUGACACCCCCCCCC